UGAUGCUUCAGAUUUUUGUGCCGCUGGGACAAGACUUCUCCACUGAGUUACUCCAUGAGCUGGCAGGAAAAAUAAAAAGAAAGGCUGCAGCCAUUCACAGAAUCAGAUCAUGGUUGAGGGUGGAAGAGACCUCCAGAGAUGGUCUAGUCCAGGUUACAAGUCUCAGCAAGAAUGAAGACUCCACAGAGAAUCUGAGCAGCCUGUUCCAGUGUUCAAUCACUCUUACAAUACUUUUUUUCCUCCCUUAUGUUUAAAGAAACCUUCUGUACUGAUGUGGGGGGCUAUUCCACCCCAUAUACAGGGCUUACAUUCUGUUAUUUAAAGUUAAGAUUUUGUAUUUUUAAAUCUGAUUUUUUUAAAAACACAUUUUUGUAAUUCAUCAAAUUUAAGGCAGGUGCUUGUUUCUUGUUCAAUGUUUAGGGGGUUUAUAACACAAAGAGAUGCUCUUGAUUUAGCAAAUAAAUGAGAACUCAGAGUUUCAAAUGCCGGAACAUACGCGUUAAGGUUUAAGAAGUUUUCUGUCAAAGUUUAGCUAACUACGUGUAGGGGAUCCUGCAGGUGAAAAGGGCAUGAAAAGCCCACGUCACUAAGGUAUUUGUACUUGCUCACAAUAGAUGUUAUUGCAAGGUUUGUGAACAGUUUAGUAGAAUUUAGAUUGUCGCAACCUGUUUCUUUUUUCAAACUGUUGUUUUUGUAAAUACAAGUUUAUUACUUUCAAAUCUUCAGUGACCAGAACUCACUACGUUUUAUUUACAUCGCUAAUUUAUUCACAGACACCAUAAUAGCUCGAAUUGAUGUGAAUUACAUGCUAUAAUAAUUAGUCAUCUUUUUAGCUUUGGUGACAGAUAUGAUAAAUUAUUCAUGUUAAUUUAAAGACCCAGCAUAUUUUUAGGUACAGAACAAUAAAAAAUACAAAUCUUGGUUAGUCUUGCAAAGGUUAGUCUAGCCUUUCCAAAUCAGGAGCAGGAUGUGUGCUAGUUCUGCCAUGUUGUUCUAACCAUACUGAAAUUUUUGGAGGAGGCUGAAUGUAAACUUCAUUUAACAGAUUUAGCUGGUGAGAUCAUUUAAAAUUCUGAUGUUUAGCAGGAAUAAGGCUUGGUCCUUGCAUUUUCUGUGAACCAACCAUGAAAUACAGAAACAUUUUUAGAGAUGUUAAAUUCUUUAACUUACUGUGGAGAUUAACUCAUAUACUUGCAAGUAAACAACUUAUUUUUUAAUCAUUCUUCCAGUCAUCGCUUUCACUGAUGCAACAGCACAGCACGGAUGGUAUUUUGGGAAAUAUAUUCCAAAUGAGCAGCAUUCUACUUGUCAGAUUUAAAAGGAUUUGUGCAAUUAUUAUAGAACUGAAUACGAAAUGCACAGUCCUAGUUUAAAAAUAUGUCAGUAGUUACACUGGCAUUUGUUCUGAAAGAAGAUAGUUAUUUUUCUUCCUCCUAGUCAGGAUAAAGGCUUGAGCUUUUUCCUAAAGCUUGCAAGCAUCCAGAUUUACUACUUGCCUAUUAGAAGAAUCUGUUUUCCUCAGCUCCCUGAACUUCUUCAGUAGUAUAUAGAGCACCCAUUCUUUUUCCUCCACAAUUCUCAAGAUCUGUUACCUAAAGGUUUUUGUUCUUGAUGUGCCUAUUAAAAGCACUUCAAUUCUUAGAUCAUCUUUCUGCAAUACCUCUUUAGACCAUCUGGAUUUUCGUUAACACCUUUCUUUUUCUGUGCCCUUCUUCAGUUCAUACGUAUGCAUACCAUUUAGGGGGGUAAUACUGGAUCUUCUUCAGCAGCCUGUCUUUCAGUAUUUGAAUGUGUACCCCCCUCUGUGCACAGUGUGAAUCAGUUAUCUCUCUGAAAGGUAUUGAAAGGGGAAUUUGUGAUUUUUAGUGUAGGUUAAACAAAUACACAUGGAUACAAAAUUGUUUUCUUGGAGAAACUGACACAUGCUUCAGCCAGAACUCUCUCAGACAUUGAAACUCUGUUUUCAUUCAAUAGCUAUAGACUGUUUUUUAAACAUAUUUGUGCAGAAGGUUCUUUCAUUGGAUUUUUUCCCCCUCAAGUAUUUUGCAGCCAGAGAACAAGAAUAUUUUUGAAGCAGGCGAUUUCUUGUUUCUCCAGUUAUUGAAAGAGAGAAGUGAAAAUAAUUCUUAUUUUUUUUAUAAGUUAAAAACUAUGGGUUCAAAGUUUGUUUGUAAAUGGACACAUUUACCACUGUUGGAAAGAUAGAAAUGAGGAUGGGGGGGCAGAAUACACAUCUUGAAACACUGAGGAGAUCCCUCACACCUGGAGAUCCAGGUGGCUAAAGAAGUUGAGUGUUGUCAAUUCAGUUAUUUUCAUGACAGUUGCUUUUAUAAUAACUUAUGAGGAAGUUUAUGUUAAAUAAGCGGUCGUAUCCUGACAUAAUUAAAACAGAGAAGACUGAUAUCUAUUUCUGAACAAUACAUAAACUGUCAGGUUCUGAAUAGCUUACAAAGAUUGUGAACUGCUGAAGGAAGAACAAGAGAAGUUUGUAUUUAUCUACAACGUAGGUAGAAGAAACAGCACUCGAAUAAGUGUAAUUACAAAGGAUUAUGUGUCUUUUCAAAUUGCAGUGGCAAAGAAAACUAUGAGCAUUCUGACAAGUUAAUGCUUCAGGAAGACAGAAAAAAAGUAAUCAAGGUCAGUUAGAAUAUCCUCUUUUAAGGAGGCUGUCAGUGAGGUCUGAAAAUCUACUUGUGUCAACCCCUCAAACUGUCAUUUCAGUUGACUGGAAAUGAAUUUAUUAUGGAGCCCACCCUUUUUCUUUUGCAGUUCGAAAAGUGAAGGAAUAAUGAUUGUUUACCUAUAAAGAAAAUUGCUGGCAAAGUUGUAAUCUGACAGACAGACUCAGUGAUCUUAAGUAAGAUGAGAGUGAGGUGCACAGUGAUUCAAGGGUUUGCAGCCUUACAGAGUAGUUGUCCCCAUAUAGGUCUCAUUGUCCCAGUUAAUGCUUUAAACCAAUAUUUUCCAAAUCACAGUGUGCAUGCUAGGAGGACUCAGCAUGGGAAAGCAGGUGACUGCUGAACAGGUUUUAUUAAGAACGACAGGUAAAGUGGAAUUUUUUUUUCCUUUGUCUUUUGCUUUCUUAUUUCAUGCAUCAGCUGGAACAGAGCCAUUAUGUGCAGUCUCUGCUGGUUCUUUUGGCCACUUCAGUGACUGUCAAGGAAUGGCACUUGCCAACUUAAGAUCCUCAGGCUAAUAAGGUUCAUUUACCAGCAAUACAGACAGUCUUUAAGAUAAAUGGACUUCACUUAGAAAUAUAAUUUAGAAAAAUCACUCUUAAAAUAAGUCAAUCUUUCUACAGAUAAGUUUAUUUUUUCUUAAAAAGAAAAGACACAUUUUAAGUAAUAAGUAAUUGAAUAAUAAGUAUUUUGGAAAAAAAUUCUCACUCCUAGUAUUGAGUUUAGUUUUGGUUGAUCACUUCAGGCCCACUAAUGGACUAUCCAGCAUUACCAUUUAUUUAAAGACAAGAAAAACAGUAUUACAAACAAAAAUACAUUUCUCAGACUUGUUCCAGAAAUCACAUAUUGCUUUCUCCUCAGACCAGCACACACUUACCUGCCUGCUAAACUCAGAUUGGACAGAAUUUGUACAAUGAAUUCAACAGCUGUCACAAAAAAGAAUUCUUUCAUCAGGCUGUUGCUCCAAGGCCAGUGUUAAAGAAAUUACUGAUCUACUACAGCUACUGUUGGAGCGUGCAAAUGAGCAGCUUGUAUAGUUGCUUUUGAGAGGGUAGCUACAGACAAUCUUAAUUUAGUAUAGCACAAUGCAUUUAGCUUAGCACAUUGGACUCAAUGAUUCAUCAGUCUGUCUGGUUCUGCCUCUUUCUUCCUCAAGUUGGGUGACAGAAACACCUCACAUCCAUCUAAGACCAUGGACGGUAUUUUUUCGUAUUGCAAUAUUUCUUCAAAGUUCCAAAAAUACCCCAAAGAUAAUUAUUUUGACUAGUAUCACUUUGUUUAAAUAUAUCUUGGAUCUGUUGGAACUGAUGGGAGAGAUGUUUUCUUUUGUUAACUUUUAACUUGUUAGGGACUGAUUCCUUUUUAACCUAUCACAUAGUAUGUGAUUUAAUGAAUGGAGUAUAUCUAAACAUGGUGUUACAUUAUGUCCUGUGAUACUACAGAAUAAAUAACUGUCUUUUAAGACUUUACCAUAAAGAACAUUAAUUAUGUGUAUUUUAGCUGCUGUAUCCAUUUAAGUAACAUGGAGUGAACUAAAUUCUGUGUGUGGUUGUGUAAGGACAGGUAACAGCAGACACGGUUGUUUUUAAAACCAAGAAAGGCAGCAGUCACAAUCCAGUAAUAAAGAAGGAAUCACUUACCCCUUUCCAAGGAUCAGGACUCACUGAAUACUCCAAAAGAGACAAUCUCCAAGUGGACAUACUUCCCUUGCAGCUGCCAGCCCUUAAAUGAGGUUAGGGAGGGGUGGACCCAGGGUAGCACAGUUAAAUUGCUUCCACCUGUGCUCCCAGGGCUGGCUACGCCCCUUCACCAGGUGCUCAAUCACUGGUUCAGGACAUGACCUAACAGUUCCCAUACAGUUUGGCUAGUAGAGUUUGUUCGUCAGGGUGUUCAUAUGUCAAAUAAAGUAAAUAACAUGAUCUGGUGUUAGCAAGAAAAUUUAGUUCUGUCUUUUUAAUGGGCAGACUUUUUAGCAAUUCAUAUAACUCAAUAAUUAGAAUAAAUGCAUUAAAUGCGAUAAAUUUGUCUAUACUUAAGAGAUCUAUGGGAUACAUAUAGCAGGUGUGAAUAUAACCUUUUCUUCCUAAACAUGGAAAGACUGAUUGGCUUUCUGGAAUAGAUACGUUUAUGGAAUGAAAAAGAAAGCACACAGAAUAACAGUCAAUAAACUGAAUAACAGAAACAACAGACUUAGUUACAGGUAUAAAUAGCUGCAUGGUAAGGGUAAUUUGUUUUGAUUCUGGGAAAGAUAUUGGCACUAAACUUUCCACUUAUUAAUACAUAUAUGCAUAUAUAUUUUAUUUUUUUUUGCUGAAGAAAUCAAAAACCAUUUUCUCGAGUUACAGUUUUCUAAAUGAGUUGAUAGAGUUGGCUGUGUUUCAGAAGAACACACCAUAAACAGAAUUUAUUACGAAACUGAGAGAGAAAGAGCCACACAGAUGAGGUGAUAUCAAAACCAAGAUGUUAACAUAUUAAUAGAAGUUUUCUGAACAUGUUAGAAGUAUCAGUGACCAUUUCCAGAAUGUUUUGGGUUGGGUUUUUUCUUUUUUUUUUUGAAUGUGUGCAGUUCUAAGAGUAAUGAAACUGUCACAACAAAUUAUUCUUGAUCACUGAAAAUACCAGCUCAUUCUUUGAGUUGGGGAAUUGAUGGCAAAUAUGUCGAUUAUCUUAUUGAAAGAGCUCAGGAGUCACCAAUUCUUCAUAAUUGCUUAUAUUUAGAAAGCAUUUCUAUUCUAGCAAUCAGAUUUCCUAAUUCUCUCUUGAUGACCCUGACACCUAUCGUACUGCCUUCUUAUGGAUACUGUUUAAGAUGAGUUUAGUGGGUGUUUUUUUUUCCCAUAGUUGUCUCCAGCAAAUGAUUAUCAACAUGGAAAAUUCCAGUAUAUCAAAUGAAAGGUGGUUCUUCGCAACUUACUCUCUAGGCCUAGGUGACAUAUAAAUCUUCUUCAUCUUUUGUUUUGUAGAUAUUUCAUUGAUUGUCAAUGUAACUGUUUUAAUGAUGGCAAAAUACAGUGCUCUGGAUUUCAGACUAUCAGGCAAGCAGCUCAGUAUCUCCCACAAGACCAAUUUACAAGUAGCAUGUAAAGUAAAACAUGAGUGAAAUAGAAACUGUUCCUGAAAUAGCAAAUUGAAGAAUCUGUGACCAUGGCAAAUCACAAAACCAUUGAUAUUCCUUUGCUCUUUCUGCCUCUGAAAUGGGAAGAUGUUGGUACUACCCAGUAUUUAUGAAGAACAUCACUUUUAUAGACAAAAAGGAUCAAAGAUGACUAAGAUCUAAUAUGCUAACAUACUAAUAGUUAAAAUUUACCAGAGAAUUCUGCCUGGAUUUUGACCAGAAUAUGUGGAAACUUCCAUGAAUAAUAAAUUGUGUGGCAAUUGUAUGCUUUUUGCAUAGCAACGUUAAUGAAAUACCCACUCUCCUGUUUGGUAAACUUUCAGGUUAAGUCAUUUAUGAGGAGAAAAAACACUUUCAUUUUAAGAACAAGUGAGCCUGAUAAAUGAAGCAUUUCUUCAACAGUCCAACGUCAUUUUUUCUAAGUUCAUUUUAAGCCUUGAAUUGAACAUUAACAAAUGGUUAUAAAUUAUUAUACAUACAGCAAAGUGAAUAGGUAAUCUGAGAAGAUGAGUUUAUCUAUACUCUUGGGUAGUUGUUACUAUUUACUUGCAAUCUGGCUAUAGUUACCACUGUGAGGAGAAUAGUCAAUCAAAGUAGAAUAUAUAAAAUAAAAUUGAAAAUUGAAUUGGAAGGUAAUUUUACUUUCAAAUGGUUUGCAAAUGUAGAUGUUAAGUGUGAAAUGAAUGCAGUUAAUAGCCAUAGCUGGGAGAGUUAUGCACCUGCUGAUCACAGGAAUAUUAUUAUAAAUGAGGUUGAUUUUCCUGUUGACUACCUCAUUUUUCUCAACAUGGUCUCAUUACUUUUCUAUCACGUCUGACCCUUAGAUAUAAAUACUCGAACACAGAUGUUGUAAAAAUACAUUAACUCUUAUAUGGAUUUUUUUAAUAUGUCUUUGAAAAUCAAGAAGCAAUGUAACUGAAGAGUCUGUAAGUUUUACCAGUUCCUGAAUAAUCCUCUUUACUCUCCCAGAAGGAUAACUGAUUUAGGAAAUAUUAAAAGAAGAUUAUAUUUAUCAACAGUCCACAAGGAGUUGUCUGUAACCCCUCUGCAUGCAAAAAUUCCUCUGUUUAUGAUCAAGCGCCAAAUAGUAGUGGUGCAAUAUGUGUAUUGACCUGGUAGCAUUCACUAGUGAAAUAUUCAGAGGAGCCAUCUUCCAGUCCUUGGAUGGAAUUAUUAUUUCAGCUAACUGUAAGCUGAGGAAGAUCUUCACAUUAAAAUCCAAGCCUCAAAAUACGGCUGAAGAAAAUGAUAUGUGCGUUGUUCCGUUGACACCAUAUGAGCCUACAGAUGUUAUUCCUCGAUCCUGCCAGCUACAUACAGAUGUGCCACAAGUUACACAAUUGCUGAACUUGGCUAAAAUUCAUAAGCCAGAAAUAAAAUGCAGGAAUUCACCAGUAACAGUGCAAGAAUCAGCUCGCUUGGUUAAUAGAGGACAAGGCAAUAAGAGCAGCAAUAAAACUCAGGAUGUGUCACAUAUUGCAUUUGGAUCAAAGAUCCUUGGACCACCUCCAUCUUCAAACAGAAGAGUCAGCACAAGAGUAUCUGGAGAGGUAGCAAAGACUGUGGGUAGCAAAAGUAAUAGAUCAUACCGACAUCAAAGUUCAGGAAAAAGAACAGAAUCCCUACAAAACACUGAGAGAUGGGAGCUAUCAGUCUCGCCAUGCAAUGAUUCUUUAGGUCAAGGAGACAAAAGAAAUACUCACCAAGCAGCUAAAGAUGUACACCAAAAUGACUCUAGAAUUCAGACUCAGAAAACCUCUGAGAAUGGAAGAGCAGAUUUUCAGCUGCCCUUGCCACAAGAUCCAUCAGCAGACAAGAACAGUCAUAGAAGAUUAUGUCUAAAAAAUGCAGAUGAAAACACAUGGGAGAUAACCACUGAUGAAUGGGUGUUUCCAGAAAGUUUCACUGAGGAUAUUCAGUUGGAUGGGAGUGAGCAGUAUGCAGCCACUCAAGAUUCAGACUGCUGUGAUUUAACCUCAGCAGAGACUGCCUCUACUGAACAUCAAGGCAAUGAAACACAUGAUCACGACAUGAAUCAUAAAGAAAUUUUCACAUUUUCAUCACAACCUCGAUCAGCUCCUCAUGGGAAGUCCCCAGAUGCAUCACCAGAACAUUGCAUUUUCCCUCUGGAUUUGAAGCAAGACAGUAACGGUGUCGAGGAGGGAACCCAAAUUGAAGAUAACUUUCAAGGAACUGACAGUAGUGAAGAGGAUAACAGUGACUUUAUCCGGAGUACUGAGAACCUUGAGAUCAGCUGCAGCAGGCAAGGAACAUCUGAUUCCACAGUCUUUAAAGGCAACACAUUAAAGAGGAUAUCACAGAGAAACGAAUACUGGAAGAAUAAGGGAUGCAGCAAACAAAACCUUGAGGAAAGCAUCGAGUCAAAACCACAGAGUUCCACUGUGAGAAAGACAGAACCUGCCAGCUCUCAGAGAACCUUAAAGCCUACUCUUUCUCUUUCUCCAACUAGAAGUAAAACUGAAUUCUUAAAAGUCAUUCCAAAUGCAUCUGAAAAAACUGAGGGAGUUUCUGGUCAAACAAAGUCAUCAGUCAGCAAAGACUCGCUCAAGAAAAUCUCAAGAGAAAAUGUAUGUCUGACAACACAGACUCAUGAGUAUGACUGGAAGAACUACCAGUCAAGCAGACUGAGUGCAUCUGAACUGCAGAUGCUGGCUAGCAUGAAAAGGCAACAAAAUGAAGAACUGAAGGAUACAGGGAUCUCACAUGGGUUGAGUGCAUCACAGAUAGACAAGUGCAAUGUUAGCAUAAGUACAAGCAGCGAUGAUACAACAACCUGGAAUUCUUGUUUCCCACCACCCGUCAGUCAGGAGCAUCACUAUCAGAAAGAAAUGAGCCCACUUUCACAUUCCAACCCACGAGACUGGUUGGAUGCGUUCAGUCCCCCCAUCACUCCCGCAAGCCAGAAACUGGAAGAGCACAUUAAGUCUUCAUCAAAUCAGAGUAUUCCAGGUGAAGAUGACCUCAAUGCUGAAGAAGAUGAGGAAGUCCUGACUCUUUUGUACGAUCCAUGUCUGAACUGUUACUUUGACCCAAACUCUGGGAAGUACUAUGAAUUGGCAUAGUCAGAUCAUGAGAGCACACUGUUUUGUAUUCAGAAUAGAUUUAUCUUUUAACUGUUUUUGAAGUGUGACUGGGCUGUAUAAUUUAUCAUGUAAUUUAAAUCUUGAAGUAACCAAUAGUUUUGCAAACAAAUGAAUAUAUUUUGUAAAUAGUGUCUUAUUUGUAUAGUUUCGCAUUAAGUUGUAAUGCAGUGGAAAAUCACAUAGCGUAAAAGUUCCGGUGGCCGAGGCAUUUAUUUGUUAGUGUCAUUUAUUUCCAACAUUCAAAGGUUUUACAUGGGAACAAAUGAAGCUGAAUCAAGAGCUUUUGCCGUGGUCAUCUCUAAAUUAUGGUUUGACUCAAAUAAAAAUAUUUUUUUUCAUCA